CGAUAAGAAGGCGCCAAUUCUGGUUUUCCUAGUCCACUCAAUUUCAUACUUACAAUCUUCUUCCCCCAUUCAUAUCAUACGCAAACCAUUGAUUCACAGACAUACAAACUCAAACAAUAUGCAAUCUCACCCACACACUUUCAGCUGUUCUACUUCUCAUCUCACCAAACAUUACCUCAACAAUGGCGCUCCUCUCAAAACCCUAGCUUCUCUCAGGAAACCCCUUUCUGGUGCCGGAGUUAUUAUCCGACGGUUUCCUUCGGGUUUGAAGCAAAUCAAUCGACGAGGUGCCAUAAACUCAGCUGCAGAACCACAGAAUUCAAGCAACAAUGCAGAAAAAACAAGAAAAGUUGUAGAACACAUAUGUUUACUGAAAGCAAAGGUGGAUUUAUCUGAUAAAGAUGAAAAGGACAUGCUUGAUUUUCUCUAUACAUGUCAAUACCAAAUGCGUGGCAUUCUUGCAAUUUCAUUAGGGCGUAUCUCUAAUCAAAAUCUUGAAAAUUAUACACAUGCUGUGUUCAUGCGAUUUCAAAAGAGGGAAGAUCUUGUAAAGUUCUAUGAGAAUCCAUUCUACUUGGGAGUAUUAAAGGAUCAUGUAACACCUUUCUGUCAUGAAUUGACUUAUGUUGAUUAUGAAUCUCAAGUAGAAGAUGAUAUUCUUCCCAUCUUUCGAAAAGGAGAGGAAUUUAACUUUGGUGUGGAGUUCAUACUUCUUAUUGGAUUUAAAGAUAGCUCAUUAAUGGAGGCUGCAAAUGAUGCAUUAACAUCUUUUGAAAAAUUACUGAUGGAAUUUCCUUCAUUGAUUGUUCAAUCUACAAGAGGGCUGAAUUUUAAUCAUGGAAGUAAAGACUACACUCAUGCUGUAGUGAUACGGUUUCGAUCAUCUGAUGCAUUUGACAUUUUCAUGGGGAGUUCGGAAUAUAGAGAUAUUUGGAGUUCCAAAUUUGAGGCUAUAAUUGAGAAGAAAUUGUCCAUCAGCUUUUCUGUAGAUCCAGUUGGCAAUGAGUUGAUGUAGCAAGCUUCACUGAUAUUAGAAUUACUUAAGAAGGCAUUCCUGUUCAUGGAUGUUAUGUUUUCAAGAGAAAAAAAAAAGUCUGCAUGUGAUCUAUUAUUUUCUGCAGAUGUUAUCUUUUGUGAUAAUUUUGGAAAAAUGUAUUAAUUUAUUACUCUUUCCAAAGACAUUAAUUUUGAAAAACCUGUCUGACAGUUUGAUCCUUCUUCCUGGUAACCCGUAAAGUUGUUCCAUACAUUUACAUUUUUCAUUUUGUGUUUGACUUUAUUGUACAUUUUUUCGAUUUUUUAUAUAUAUAUAUUUUUGUA